UGGGCGCGUGCGCGAGGUCUCCGCGUGGCUAUAUAAACAUGGCUGGCGUGGCCGCGCGGAGGGGCCGUGCCAAACGCGCGUAGGGGGCUAUGGGCGCUCUGUGUUCGUAGUUUUGAAAUUUCUGGCGGGGGAGCAGCUGCGCAGAGUUAGGCUGGAGGUGCGAGCUACGACCUUCCGGGAGCCGCACGUCCAGGCUCCGCAGCAGCGGGACCGAGCGUGAGGCGCCGGGCUGAGGCAGCGCACGUGUGAGCGCCGCUGAGGAAGCUGCGAGAGGUCGGGCGGGUGUCGCUCCGGGGGCACCCCAGGCUCGCGCGGACGGGAGGAAGGUCCGGGACGCGCGUGUCCUGCCGGGCAGCCGGCGCCCGUCACUGGUUUCGCUGCUGCGGCCCCCGCGCCUCUCCCCAGCGAUGCUGUGGAGCCCGAACCGCACCGGAGUCGGCUGCCACGCGCCAAGCCUCCCCUCACCUCUGCUCCUGGAACCGCAGCGCCGCAGCUGCUGCUGAGCCCCUGGGGGAUGCCCGCCGGCCUCACCGAACCCGCCGGCGCCGCUUCCCCGGCUGCUGUGAGCGCCUCGGGGACCGUGACCAUGGCCCCGGCCGGGGCGCUGCCGGUGCGGGUGGAGAGCACUCCUGUGGCCCUGGGCGCCGUGACUAAGGCUCCUGUCGGCGUCUGCGUGGAGCCCACGGCGUCCCAGCCCCUGCGGUCCCCCGUGGGGACCCUGGUGACCAAAGUGGCUCCGGUCAGCGCCCCUCCUAAACUCAGCAGCGGCCCUAGGCUGCCUGCUCCUCAGAUAGUCGCCGUGAAAGCCCCCAACACCACGAUCCAGUUUCCUGCUAAUUUGCAGCUUCCUCCAGGAACCGUGUUGAUUAAAAGUAACAGUGGUCAGUUGAUGUUGGUAUCUCCUCAGCAAGCUGUAACAAGAGCCGAGACGACAAGUAACAUAACCUCAAGGCCAGCAGUACCAGCAAAUCCUCAAACAGUCAAAAUCUGUACAGUGCCGAACUCUAGCUCACAAUUAAUCAAGAAAGUGGCAGUGACACCUGUUAAAAAAUUGGCACAAAUAGGAACUACUGUGGUAACCACUGUUCCGAAGCCUUCCUCAGUACAAUCUGUGACUGUGCCAACCAGUGUCGUCACAGUUACUCCUGGAAAGCCAUUGAAUACUGUAACUACCCUGAAGCCUUCAAGUUUGGGAGCAUCAUCCACUCCUUCAAAUGAGCCCAAUCUUAAAGCAGAGAACUCAGCAGCUGUUCAGGUUAAUCUUUCUCCGACAAUGCUAGAAAAUGUGAAGAAAUGCAAGAACUUCCUUGCAAUGUUAAUAAAACUAGCAUGUAGUGGAUCACAGUCCCCAGAAAUGGGACAAAAUGUGAAGAAGCUGGUGGAACAACUUUUGGAUGCAAAAAUCGAAGCAGAAGAAUUUACUAGGAAACUGUAUGUUGAACUCAAGUCUUCACCUCAGCCUCACCUGGUUCCUUUUCUUAAGAAAAGCGUGGUUGCCUUACGACAACUUCUGCCUAACUCCCAGAGCUUCAUCCAGCAAUGUGUUCAGCAGACCUCUAGUGAGAUCGUCAUUGCUACCUGUACUACAACAGUAACAACUUCUCCUGUGGUGACAACAACAGCGUCCUCAAGCCAGUCUGAAAAGUCCUUUAUUGUUUCUGGAGCAACAGCACCCAGAACUGUGUCAGUGCAAGCUUUGAACCCACUUGCUGGUCCAGUGGGAGCAAAAGCUGGAGUUGUGACACUUCAUUCUGUGGGCCCAGCUGCUGCAACAGGAGGAACAACAGCUGGAACUGUUUUGCUUCAGACUUCAAAACCACUUGUGACAUCUGUACCAAACACAGUGACCACGGUCUCACUGCAACCUGAAAAGCCAGUUGUCUCUGGAACAGCAGUAACACUGUCCCUUCCAGCAGUAACUUUUGGAGAAACUUCAGGUGCAGCUAUUUGUCUUCCAUCUGUGAAACCUGUUGUUACUUCUGCUGGGACCACAUCUGACAAGCCUGUUAUUGGGACUCCAAUUCAAAUCAAACUUGCCCAGCCAGGCCCUGUCCUUUCACAACCAGCUGGGAUUCCACAGGCAGUUCAAGUCAAGCAACUAGUAGUUCAGCAGCCUUCAGGAGGCAAUGAAAAGCAAGUGACCACACUUUCACAUUCCUCAACAUUGACCAUUCAGAAAUGUGGACAGAAGACGAUGCCAGUGAAUACCGUAAUACCUACCAGUCAGUUUCCUCCAGCUUCCAUUCUAAAGCAAAUUACUCUGCCUGGAAAUAAAAUUCUGUCGCUUCAAGCAUCUCCUACUCAGAAAAAUAAAAUAAAAGAGAAUGGAACAUCAUGCUUCCGAGAUGAAGAUGACAUCAAUGAUGUGACUUCUAUGGCAGGGGUCAACCUUAAUGAAGAAAAUGCCUGCAUCUUAGCAACAAACUCUGAAUUGGUUGGCACACUCAUUCAGUCAUGUAAAGAUGAACCAUUUCUUUUUAUUGGAGCUCUACAAAAGAGAAUUUUAGACAUCGACGCAGUUUUGCUCAUGUUGCCCAGGCUGGAGUGCAAUGGUGUGAUCUUGGCUCACUUCAACUUCUGCCUCCCAGGUAAAAAGCAUGACAUUACAGAACUUAACUCUGAUGCUGUGAACUUGAUCUCCCAUGCAACACAGGAACGACUACGAGGCCUUCUAGAAAAACUGACUGCAAUUGCUCAGCAUCGAAUGACUACUUACAAGGCAAGUGAAAAUUACAUCCUGUGUAGUGAUACCAGGUCACAGCUCAAAUUUCUUGAAAAGCUGGAUCAAUUGGAGAAGCAGAGAAAGGAUUUAGAAGAAAGAGAAAUGUUACUUAAGGCAGCCAAGAGUCGUUCUAAUAAAGAAGAUCCAGAACAGCUGAGAUUAAAGCAGAAAGCCAAAGAGUUACAGCAAUUGGAACUUGCACAGAUACAGCAUAGAGAUGCUAAUCUCACAGCUCUUGCAGCUAUUGGACCAAGGAAGAAGAGACCACUAGAAUCUGGAAUUGAGGGCUUAAAAGACAACCUUCUUGCUUCUGGGACAUCCAGCCUGACAGCCACCAAACAAUUGCAUCGUCCAAGAAUCACGAGAGUCUGCCUCAGGGACUUGAUAUUUUGUAUGGAACAGGAACGGGAGAUGAAGUAUUCUCGAGCUCUAUACCUGGCCCUUCUGAAGUGACCACUCCACUCUCCAUCCAGAUCCUUGCUAUUUACUGCCAAAGAAGACACAAAGAGCAUUGUUGCACUGUCCUGAAAUUUCAAUUUCUGGAAAAUAAUCACCAACAUUGAAAGAGCAUUGUUUACAGUUAGAAACUAUAUUAACUCUUACCUAUCCAUCCCAUGGGGCUCUUACAGACUCAAAUUCAUCUUUGUCUUCUGAAAAUCGGUUAUGAAAUACACUUUGCACAGAAUUCGGCAUCUGCCCAUCUGUGCAUUAAAUUAAAGCAAGUUAAGGCCCUGUUUGUUACUACCUGCCUCAUCUGCCGAACUGUAGCAGGUGAGGUGUCCUUCCCUAAUACAGCAUGCAUUGAGAUGCAGGAGAAAGGAAGAGGUGUAAGAAAAUACAAGAAUGACUAUGUCAUUCUAUAUUGAACCUGUCCUAAAGUGGUAGGUUUUCUGGGCAGGAAUCAGAAGUUGCUUAGCUAACUAUGACAGUCACCUUCUGUACAUGACAGACCACAGAGUAGGGCCUGUGGUGACUUUGGUCGGCUGAGUUCCAAUGUUGUCAAAACGAGACAAAUGGGGAUAGAUUGUGCCUGCGAUUGCUAAUUCUCUGCUUCAUAUCACCAUAUGCCGUUUCUGGUACCAAGUGAGGGGACGUCCUUAUCAGGGAAACCUUAAAAUUAAAUCUACCAAUGUAUCUUGUUGAAAAAACGGAAAAGGUGCAAAGUAUUAGAAGGAACGUUAAGGCAUUGCUUUCAAACUGAUGAGGGGAAUGUGAAAAUGGUAUCAUAAAACAGGAAAUGUGCUUCAUACGCCCAAGAGGGGAAGAGGUAGAAUCGGAACUCCAAAACAAUUGGUACAUGUUUUGUUGAUGGGGAAAAAAAUCACAGCACAACCAGAAAGGAGAAUGUACCAGAUGUUUUCAAAUUAUAGUAUUUUGAAAGGAAAAUGUUAUUUUUUGUUUUGUAUUGUUUUAAAUCCCAAGAAGGAUAGUUUUUGUAGUUCCUUCUGUCAUAAUGUAUUUUAGUUAUCCUAAGUUUUAAGCGUGUUGGCACAUUUAAAAAAUCCUAAUUGAUGAUGAGAAAUUUUUAACAAUAGGACUUUAUGUUGGAUUCUGUACUUAAAAGGUACUGUCAGUAUCUCACUCUUCGGAAUAUGAGCUCUAAAUAUGAGAAGCAAGUUAUAUGUGUUCACCUGAGGAAGAAGCUGAUGGACAAAGCAAACCCUCUUUAAAAAAAGAAAAAAAAGAAAAUUCCACGUGUGUGGAAUACAGCUGGUGAAAAAUAAUCACUGUAGUUAGAAUCACAUACAGAAAAAAAUGAUUGAAUCCUCCAAGAAGGUAUUUCGGAAAUGGGAAAUGCUAUACUUAUAAGAAUUCAGAGCAAAAAAAACCACCUCACGUAUGUUAUUCUGCAUCCUGUUCUUCCCAUUGGGACUGUUAUGGCCACAUUCUACACUAUAGUAAAUUUUAAAUUGGCCACUUUUUUUUGUUUCAGCAAGUUAUGUAAAAUGCUAUAAAUUAUGUGAAUGUUAAAGGAGUACUUUAAGAAGAGAUCUUUAUCCAAAGUUGUUUUUGUAUAUUUAAAUGCUUACCUUUAUUUUUUGUAAAGUGCAGCCUACUCAUUUAUGUAUAAUCUUACUGAUCAGAUGUUUAAAAUUAUUUCAAAUACUUCAUUAAAAUAAUUAUUUUAUUAUAAGAA